GGAAAUGCAGUCAGAUGACCGGCGUGGGCGAAUUCUAUCCCGCUCGUGGUAGAGACCGAUACGUGAACGAGCUGAACCGGAAGCAGACCGGUCAGUGGGGGGAGAUGCAGCCGACCAGUGACCGACAAAGCUGGAUUCCGCUCGAGGGAGCGACCGGUACGAGAACGUGAACAAAAGCUGGAAUGAAGUCAGAACGGUCGCUGGGAAAUGCAGCCGACCAAUGAGUGACAAAAUUGGAUGGGUGCGCUCUAUUUAUACUUCCAGGGAAUCAACUUGGAAUUCUUUUUGCGCGGACGGCAGUGGUAAUUGAUGGGUGGGCAGGUCUGGGGACGAGGCUUGGCUUCGCGAGGUUCGGUUCCCUGUGGUCCCAUGCGGUUCCGUCUGAUCCCGUUUGGUCCCGUCUGGUCCCGUUUGGUUUCGUUUGGGUGAGCUUCCUCUGCUGCGGCUUGCAUGCGAACAGGGAGGGAGGGAGGGAGGGAGGAGGGAGGGAGGGAGUGGAGAGAGGAGGGGAAGGUGGAAGUUGUUGUUGUGGAAGCGCGAGUAAUGGUCGCCCUCCAUUUACUGUGGCAGCGGGAAGAUCUCAGACGCAAUCGAGCCCCGGGGGCUGGGGGGGGGAACUGGGAGUCGGGACCAGAACCCGGACGAGAAGAAGAGCUGGGACCGCAGGAAGAGCGCGCGCUCUUGACGGCCAAGUUGGGCCGGGGGAAGGAGGAGGGAGGGGCCAGAGGGACGGGAGAAGGAGUUCGUGGUGAAGGAGCAGCUGCAGGAAGCAUCUCGCUGUCGCCCUGCCCGGUCAACGUCUUGGCAUGCGGCGGGGCCACGUGUCUACUUUCGGGAGCCGUGACGUGGGUCAAUAGCACACCGCUUCUUCUGGGGCAGGCCCGGAACGACAGCCGUCGAGGGGGAAACUCUUCUCAUCGGCCGCCGCCUCCCUCUUCGAAAGGGAUGGGGAAAGCGGGGAAGAAGAAGAAAAAGGUAGUGGGAGGAGCACCUGGGGAGACUGGCAGCGGAGGUGGUGGUGGCGGCGGCGGCGGCGGCGUUGGAGGCGGAGCAGCUGGCGGCGGAGCGCCUGGCGCCAAAGUCGAUCCCGAUCUGGCAGUAAGUGCUAAUACUGUUUUGAAGGAAGCUCAUCAGCUGAAGGAGGAGGGCAAUAAGUGUUUUCAGUCCAAGGAGUUCGCCAAAGCCCUGCAGUUUUAUCAGCGGGGAAUAGAUCUUAUCCCUGAAGGCCAUGCAGACCGCGCUGUUUUUCACAGCAAUCGUGCCGCAUGCCUCAUGGAGAUGAAGCCCGCACAGUAUGAUGAGGUGAUUCGUGAAUGCACUCUGGCGCUGAAUGUGUCUCCACGUUUCCCAAGGGCCCUCAUGCGACGUGCAAAAGCGUACGAAGCGAAAGGACGCAUAGCUCUUGCACUGGCUGACGUCAAGCUGGUUCUUCAGAAUGAGCCAGCCAAUGAAACUGCAGUGGAGCUUGAUCGACGGCUGAGAUCAGCUGUCGAAGCGAGGAUGAUACGCAACCAGACUGCGGAUGCUGCAGCCACGUCUACUGCUGCAGUUGUCGAAGAAACGGCCAUGGCAAAUGGAAACGAGCUGGGAGUGAAGAGCAGCAUGGUCACCAGGAUGAGGGCCGGAAACCAAAGUGGUGCCGUUCCCAGCGAGAGCAUGCGCGGACCCUCGUUGCCACCAAGGCCAGCGUCGAAUACCAGCAAAGGCGGGUUGAAGGCAGGAGGAGGAAAUGUGCCCGCAGCUGCUACAGUGAAAGCGGGAGGAGCAGGAGCGGCCGCUGCGAGGGCAAACCCAGGGCCGGAGACGCGCCUUGCAAACGGGCCGGCAGUAGCCAAUGCAAACAAUUGUGGCUCGUCAGACUGUCUGGGAGCAGCUUUGGAAGGGAGUAAUGGGAGGAGGGUGGUACCUUCCAGUCAGAGUCAGCCUGCUACCCGUGCCGAUGUAUCAAAGGCUACGGGCACGGAGGCAGCAAGCAAUGGAAAGCGAGCCAAAGACAAGGCCGCGCGCGGAACGGUUCCACUGAAAUUGUACUAUGGCCAUGACAUACGACUUGCAGAGAUGCCGGUCAACGCUGGGUUUGGGGAGUUGAGAGAUGUUGUGAGAAAGCGGUUCCCAUCUUCAAAGGCAGUGCUGAUCAAGUACAGGGACAGUGAGGGUGAUCUUGUCACCAUUACUUCGCGGCAAGAGCUGAGAUUGGCGGAGGCAUGUGCUUCUGUUGCAUCAAGUGUAGCCACGGCCUCCUCCACUGCACCUCCGCUGUCCAGUGUUGGUGAGCAAAGCUUGUCAGGUUCACCACCCACUGAGCCGUUGAUUGCACAGACGGGGUUCCAGCCGCCAUCAACCUCUGUCACAGACAACAGCACAUCUGCAGUUGCAGGCCCACUGAAAUCCGGUGGCCGAGAUGCCUUGCCUUUACUGAAGUUUCAUAUCGUGGAAGUGCCACCAGAGCAGGAACCCUGCAUAUUGGAUGAUGACGAGGAGGUCGACAAGGAAUCAGUGGAGGAUGUGUCUGCUGUCACUGGGCCCGUUGAGGCUACGGCCAAUGGUGAGGUGAGCAAUGGCGCACAGGACGCUGGUGAAAGCGGUAAGGAUUCUGUGGAGGAAAAGUUGCAAGACGGUGAAGACAGAGGAGGAGCCAAAGGGUCGGAUGCACAAGCAGUCAACAACUACCAUGACCGUGAGAAAAUGUCGGCUGAUGCGGAUGGACCUCCUGGUGACGAGAUUGAAAUUGAUGACUGGCUGUUCGAUUUCGCGCAGCUGUUCAGAAACCAGCUUGGUGUCGAUCCAGAUGGGCAUAUCGAGCUGCAUGAGUUGGGGAUGGAGCUUUGUGCUGAAGCACUAGAUAUGGUUGCUACCAGCGAAGAGGCACAACCACUUUUUGAGCAAGCUGCCCAGAAGUUUCAGGAAGUGGCCGCUCUUGCGCUUUUCAACUGGGGAAAUGUCUACAUGUGCUCAGCCAGAAAGCGAUUGCCAACUGAUGAAGACGAAGAUCCUGCGGCAGCAGCAGCAGCCAAGACGGUGCGAUCGGCAGAGGCCAUCAAGUCUGCACAGCAACAAUAUAAGCUGGCGGAGGAGAAGUAUGAAGAAGCUUUGAGGAUAAAACCAGACUUCUACGAGGGAAUUGUUGCGCUUGGACAGCAGGCAUUUGAGAGUGCAAAGCUGGAGUGCAGCACAGCGCCUGAUAAGAAGGAUUUGGUUGGUUGGGAUGCUUCAAGGGCACUUAAGCUUUUUGAAUUGGCGGAAGACCGUUUCAAGCGAGCUCACGAGAUGGUCGUCACUAUAGAAAGUGUGGAGAGCCCAGGCGCAAAGGAGGGGGAGGCGAGAGAGGAUGGCAAGAACACGGAAGAGAAGGAAGCUCUCACAUCGUCAUCCGAUGAUGCGGGAGACAAAUCAGAUAGCCAUCCUCCACUUCCCACCAUGCAGUCACAGAUUAAUAUUAUGUGGGGAAAUGUACUCUUUGAGCACUCGCAAGUAGAGUACCGUCUACACAAGAACACCUGGAGGGGCUUGCUUGACAAAGCACUGGACAAGUUUCAGCAGGCGGGAUGUAGCCAGGAUGAUAUAACGUCCGCGCUUGGAAACCAUCCAUGCAUGGAUAGCCCGGAUGCACCAAUUCCGAUCGCGUUGGCAGGUGGGGUUGCGCCUGAAGAGAUCACAAAGAAGAUUGCAAUUGCGACCCAGAAACACGCAGAGAAGGAUGGUGAGUCAGGAGGAGAGGCCGAAGUGAGUGCAAAUGGUGUUGAAACGACGGAGCAGGGCAGCAAGGAGUCUGUGGAGGUCGAUGCGAAUAACAAAGAUAAGCUGGAGGUUUCAGCUGCAAGCUGAUCUACCUGAAGCUUGGGGAGGUGGAGAGGGAGAAGUUUGUUUCCGUGAACAACAACACGAAUAAAUGGGUACGAGGUCUUUUUGUUGGUGGUUAUCCCAGGUGUUUGCUUCUGGACGGAAAAGCAGUACAUCUCAAAAGCCAGAUCCAGUUUCGAAAAGAGUACAUGUUUUCCUGUUGUUGUUGUGGUACUUUGUAGUUUGAUAUGGAGUAUGGUAGGGAGAUAGAGGGGGGGGGGGGGGGGGGGGGGGGGGGGGGGGGGGGAAGGGGGAAGGCAGAUGGAGCUAAGUGUUGCUAGUGAGGCACAUAUGGUCUGUCCAUUGGGUGUGAGACCCUAUCCUUGCCUUGACCAUAUUGUGAAGAUUCUUUUGUGAAUCUCUUCGUCCUUUUGUCAGACGACAAGGGUAUCUUGGUUGCACAGAAGCCUUUUGGAGACUGAGGACUUUUCAGCAACCGAAAGGACAACUUGGAUGCCGCGGUGCAUUUCGUAGUUUGUCCGGUGUGCUACCUUCAAAGUCAGAGGGGGAGAGAGAGAGAGAGAGAGAGAGAGUGUGAGGGCAUACUCGCACUCGGACUGUUUCUCCUAAGCUUGAGACAAUUUUCUGGUCAGGUUCAUCUACGUCGGGAGACCCUGUCCUUGCCUUGACCAUACUUCGAAAAUUCUUUGUGAAUCUCUACCUCCUUUCUGCAGACCUCAAGGGUAUCUUGUCUGUGCAGAGAACUUUUGGAGAGUGAAGACUUUUCAAGCUUGAGACAAUNUUUGUGAAUCUCUACCUCCUUUCUGCAGACCUCAAGGGUAUCUUGUCUGUGCAGAGAACUUUUGGAGAGUGAAGACUUUUCAAGCUUGAGACAAUAUUCUGGUCAGAUUCAUCUACGUCGGGAGACCGUCCUUGCCUUGACCAUACUGUGCAAAUUCUUUUGUGAAUCUCUACCUCCUUUCUGCAGACCUCAAGGGUAUCUUGUCUGUGAAGAAAACUUUUGGAGAGUGAAGACUUUUCAGCAGUGGAAAGGACCAACUUGGAUGCCGCAGUGAGCAUCGUAAACGCUGGGACUCUUGUCCUUGCCUUAACCAUACUGUGAAGAUUCUUUUGUGAAUCUCUUCCUCCUUUUGCAAUUCGACAAGGGUGUUUUGGCUGUGCAGAGAACUUCUGGAGUCUGAGGUCUCUCUGGCAACCGUAAGGACAACUUCCGGAUGCUGUGCGCAUUUCUUAGUUUGUCCAGUGUAGUGCUACCUUCAAAGUCAGAGAGAGAGCGAGAGCGACUGAGGGCAUACGCUAGGACUUCUUUUACUUUGCUUGGGAUGAUAUUGUGGUCAGAUUCAUCUACAUCGGGCAGUAAUUGCAGGCAGAUACAUUCAGGAAAGGACUAGUCUGAGUAUAUGCCCUGAAAGUUAAAUCUGUGGGAAUGUGUCCACCCUCGGAGGUGCUUUGCUCACCCCCUUGGCCCAUCCAGCAUAUGCUUCUGUUUUCGGACUUACUUCCUUUUUGUCAACUCUCGAGAGGUCCAACGGAGUUGAAAGCUGCCAAAGGUCAGAUAUUGAGAACCUGCUCAGUACAGAGGGACACACAGAUAUAAAUCAACAGUUCUCUCGAUCGCCAUGGGCAUCAGUAAUGUGGUGCUCUGAUCAACAAUCAGCUUUGGCAUUUGCAUACCUUUUGUGCACAGUUUCUGCGCACGAGCACAUGCAGAAUUUCUCCCAAGACGUGUAGUGAUUGGAGUUGCAUGUGUGUUAAACUUCUUGAGACACACUGUUAGAGAGAGAGAGGGAGAGAGAAAGAGAGAGAGGGAGAGGGGUUAGGAAGGUGGUGGGGGGGGUGCUUGUGUGUGUGUGUGUGUGUGUGUGUGUGUGUGUGUGUGUGUGUGUGUG